CGCGAUUUGAUUCCGUGGAGUCUGCUCUUUGCCGACCCACUCCUCAUAAACAUCCUUUUCCAGUAAAAGGGUCUCUCUGUUUCCACUUUCCAAUCGCACAGAAAAAGAAACGGGCGAUCUUUCUCUCUCAAUAUUUUCUAAGUUUUCUUUGCUUUUGCUUAUCCUGUAAGACUUUUCAAUUCAUUGUUUGAUAAAUGCGGGUUGUGAUUCUUUCUUUUUUUGUUAGUCUGUAUUUGAACCAUUCUACAGAAGCUAUUUCUUGCAACUUGUGAUGCUAUAGGGAUUCCUUGUAAGUUUUGGUGAUUCAAUUUUGAUGAUUAUUAUUUUCCCAUUUUGAGAAAUGGGGAAGUACAGACUGAAGAUCUGAUAUUUGACUUUUUCUACUCUGGUUGAGCUUUGAGGUACUGUUAUAUAAUUAAUCACAUUGCCUUGUUUUGCAGUUUGCACACAGAGAAAGACCAAUAACCCACCCCCACCCCACCCCCCAUGGAUCCAAUUGAUUCUUUCUUAGUCUUUGGAUUAUCAAUUUCCCCAUUUUAAUUUAUUCCCACUUUUUGCUUCACUAAGAAUCUAGGAAUCUCCUCUUGCCAUUAGAAUGUUCUCUCUACUUUCUUCUUGAUCUGCAAAACAAAGAUCAAGUCUUUCUUUUGGGCAAGUGUUUGGUUUGGAUAUACUUGUUGUGUUUGUCAAGUUGUUCUGCAAUAAUGGGCUGUGCUAGUUCAAAGGAAAUGGUCUGCCGGAACUGCCACGCCCCUUGCUCUCCUGUGCGCCGGAGGCACUCAAUGGAAGGAGCGGAAUCUCACCACCGUGUUUCUCUCACCUCCUCCACAAUUGGAUCUCUGAAGUUGGACUCACCAAAUCAUAUUCACCCACACAGGAUCAACACCCGUUGUAAGCCUAUGGGAUUGGUCGAAGCAAAAUCAUGGUCCGAAAUGAUCAAUGAAAAGAUUCCGAAAGUGGUUCCGAAGACCCCGACUCACACGCCACCGGGUGAGCCAGAGACCAUCAAUGCUUGGGAAUUGAUGGAGGGUCUUGAAGAUGUUAGCCCGUUGAAGCCUUCGGGUCGCUUAGUCCGCAGCUUCUCCUUUGAUGUUCAUUCCAACCCCAAUCCCAACCCCACCCCAAUCCCAUAUGAUCUCCCCACGCCGAGAAUGAAAUCUGGGAGUUGUGUAUCUGUUAAGCCUACGUCGAUGCAAAAUGGUCAUGGUGAAUCAAAGCCCACAUCAAAUGACACAUCCAUUGUGUCUGAAAUUGAUCCCGCCAUGGUAUCCGCCUUUAAAGAAACACUUGAUAACAAGCCUUUCGCGAUUACUCACAAGGAUCUAGAGACAUUGGAGGAAGAUGUUGAGGUGGCAUCACAGUAUACCAUGUUGUGUAAGAACAAAGUCGUUAUCUACUUCACAAGUCUAAGAGGUGUGAGAAAGACAUAUGAGGAUUGUUGUCAUGUUAGGGUGCUUUUGAAGGGACUAGGAGUUAAAAUUGAUGAAAGGGAUUUGUCGAUGCAUUCUGGAUUUAAGGACGAAUUGAAAGCGCUUUUAGGGGACGGAUACAAUGCCACUUGCUUGCCAAGAGUUUUUGUGGGCAAAAAGUGUAUAGGGGGUGCGGAUGAAAUCAGGCGAAUGCACGAGGACGGACAGCUUGAGAAGGCAGUGGAGAGCUGUGAAAGGGCGCAGGUUGGUGGUGGUUGUGAUGGUGAUAAUGGUGGUGCUUGCGAAACUUGUGGGGAUAUUAGGUUUGUUCCUUGUGAGACAUGUUCAGGGAGUUGCAAAAUAUAUUGUGAAGCUGAUUGUGAUGAGGAUGAGUAUGACCAGGAAGGGGAUUAUGGUUUCCAGAGAUGCCCGGAUUGUAACGAGAAUGGGCUUACGAGAUGUCGAUUUUGCUGCGACUAGCUUCUUUUUUGUGUGUACCAUGUAAACCUUGUUCAUGUCUAACAGCUCAUACACACACAAAAGAAGUAAAUCACACUAAGAAAAACCUUUGGCAGAUUCGACCGAGAGAGUGUUGAUAUUCGGAGGUGAUAUUUGGGACAAUCCAUUACAGAUAUUACCUAGCAAAGGAUUAUUACUGUUAUAGUACUAAAACAAAUAUUGUACAUAAGUUUUUUGGUAAUAGAUGGGGCACAAGUUAUUUAACUUCAUUACAAGAUUGUAAUGAGCAGGACAAAUGACAGUGUCCUCAAAGUGAUUUCCUAUUAUAUAUCUGUCAAUGGUGUUUGGCUAAGCA